CAUGAACGCAACAGUUGACCGUUAACCCGGAAAAACAACACAUGUCUACCAUGGCUUCAUCUGCUUGCAUAAAACGGAUGAUACUCAGUGAUGGUCCCCUGAUCUUGGAUGGUGGUCUUGCAACUGAACUGGAGGCGCAUGGAGCUGAACUUCAGGGGGAUCCUUUAUGGAGCGCCAGGCUUUUACGCACGAACCCCCAGGCAAUAAAGGAGACUCAUUACAGGUUUCUCCUCAGCGGCGCUGAUGUCAUCACGACUGCAACGUACCAGGCGAGCGUCCAGGGAUUCAUCAGCCACCUGGACGUGGGCUGCGAUGAGGCCAGAGAGCUGCUGAUGUCCGGAGUUCAUCUGGCCAAAGAGACGGUGGAGACUUUCCCCUCUGGGGACAGAAGUCUGUUGGUGGCGGGCUCCGUUGGGCCGUACGGAGCCUUCCUCCAUGAUGGAUCAGAGUACAGCGGGGCGUACGCGCAGGGGAUGAGCGUGGAGGAGCUCAAGCAAUGGCAUAAGCCGCAGGUGGAGUGCUUGGCAGCAGCCGGGGCCGACCUCGUGGCUUUUGAGACCAUCCCGAGUGUCAAAGAGGCCCAAGCCGUGGUGGAGCUGCUGAGGGAGUUUCCGGACUGCAACGCCUGGCUGUCGUUCUCCUGUAAGGACGAGAAGCACAUUUCGGACGGCAGCCCGUUUGUGGAUGCCGUUCGGCUCGCCUGCAGGUCGCCCCAGCUGCUCGCUGUGGGAGUCAACUGCUGCCGUCCAGCGGUGGUGGAGCCGCUGCUGGACUCGGCCAGGGCGGCCCUGGGCCCCGGCGUGAGCUGGGUGGUGUACCCAAACAGCGGGGAGGAGUGGGACACCGAGCAGGGAUGGCACAGGUCAGAGCUGGCGGCCGGAUGGACGCCUGAGCUGAGCGACGCCUGGCUGAAGCAGGGAGCCGCUCUGUUAGGUGGCUGCUGCCGCAUCGGUCCGGCUCACAUCGCAGCGUUGAGGGAGCAGCUGAAAGGAAGCAGCACGUCUUCAUCAGAUCUGGCCGACAGCAACACAUAAAGAGCGUUUAUGAUCCUGUCAAAGCCCCUCCUGCUGCAAAAACCCCGUGAAAAAACUCAACGCUCUCCUUCAUCAAGUCGGAUCAACUCCAAUAAAGUGCCAUUUGGUGAAA